AUGAUGACUCCCCCUCUACCUCAUCUACAUCCACGUCUAUGGGGCCCAGUCCAAUUAAAGUUGGGUGCAAAUUUUCGUGUAUGCUGGUUAAAACAAUCAAAAUUAGAAUUUGAAGAAGUUGGAAAAAUUACAAAUCCAUGGAAUGAUGAUUUACCUCUAAAAAAAAGUAGAGAUGGAACUGAGCUGCCACCGGCACUAGGUGCUCUCCUUUGCUCCAAGUUGCAUGCAAAACCUUCAGAAGCCUUCUUGGACGGUAAUUUUGUGGAGGGUCAUGGGCCUCCAAUAGAUCAUCGUACUUUCUUUAAACAAUUAAAAUUAAAAGGGGAAUUAGAGGACGAGUCCUCGGGUCUAUACAGCAGCAGCAGGCAGCAGCAGCAGCAGCAGCAGCAGCAGCAGCAGCAACAGCAGCAGCAACAAAUGCAACAGAGUCAUGAGGGCAAAUGGAUGCAACAAAGAGAUUGGCAAAGAGCUGCAGCUUGGGACCAGCAGCAACAACAACAGCAGCAGCAGCAGCAGCAGUGGGAUCAUCAGAUGCACUGGCAGCAGCAGCAGCAGCAUGCAUAUCCUCCGUAA